CCUUUCCCGACCGGGACACCCUGCGUGCGUGUGUUUCGGGACUUUUGUCGCGGAGGUCUGAGCACCCGGCUGGUUCUCCGUCUUACCUGUCCCAUCCACCCGUCCUCGCUGCAUCGUGUCCGGACGGCAGCGUCCCCAGUUUGAUCCUGUUCCAACUUAUCUGAGCCCAGCUGCGAGCGACCCGUCUGCUCGAUCGAUAUCAUUUGGAUGAAGAUGAGACAACUGAGCGCAUUCAUCCUGUUGACCCUGGCUGUCCUCACAACAGCCAGACCAAAAACAGAACCUGCGCAGAAAUGUAAGACCGGUCCGGUGGAUCUAGUCUUCCUCAUCGACAGCUCCCGCAGCGUUAGGCCACAUGAGUUUGAGACCAUGAGGAAGUUUAUGAUUGACAUCAUUAACACCCUGGAUAUUGGACUAAAUGCCACCAGAGUGGGAGUUGUUCAAUAUUCCAGUCAGGUCCGCACUGAGUUCACUCUGAAGACUCACGGCAGGCUGAGCAACAUAGUGAAAGCCAUCAAUCAGAUCAUCCCCCUCGCUCAGGGUACCAUGACCGGACUCGCCAUCAGAUACAUGAUGAAUGAAGCUUUUACUGCUGAGGCUGGAGACAGGCCAAAGGUUCCAAAUGUGGCCGUGAUCGUGACAGACGGACGUCCUCAGGACCGCGUGGCUGAGGUGGCAGCUGAGGCAAGAGAAAAAGGCAUUGAGAUCUAUGCUGUGGGCGUGGCCAGGGCAGAUAUGACAUCACUGAGGGCCAUGGCAUCACCGCCCUUUGAGGACCACGUCUUCCUGGUUGAGUCCUUUGAUCUCAUUCACCAGUUUGGCAUCCAGUUCCAGGAUAAGCUCUGCGGCGUGGAUCUGUGUCUGGAGUCAGACCACGGCUGUGAGCACAUCUGUGAGAGCACUCCUGGAUCCUACCACUGCCUCUGUCUGCCCGGAUACACUGUGAACGAUGGCGGGAAGACAUGCAGAGCCAUAGAUCUGUGUGCUGAGAGAAAACAUAACUGUGAACAAAUCUGCGUCAGCUCUCCGGGCUCCUUCACCUGUGACUGCAACAAAGGAUACAAACUGAACAACGACAAGAGGACCUGCUCAAUGAUCGACUACUGUUUGUUUGGGAACCACAGUUGCGAUCACGAGUGUGUGAGCGUGCUCAAUGGCUAUCGCUGUCACUGUAACGAGGGAUACAGGCUGCUGGAGGACGGCAAGACCUGCCAGGCCAUUGACCUGUGCGCUGAGGGGAAGCACGACUGUGCACAGAUCUGCAUCAGCGCGCCGGGCGUCUACACCUGCGACUGCAACAAAGGAUACACGCUCAAUGAGGACGAGAAGACCUGCACACCCAUUGACCUGUGUGCUGAGGGAAAGCACGACUGUGAGCAGAUCUGUGUCAGCGCUCCGGGCGUCUUCAGCUGUGACUGUAACAAAGGAUUCAAACUCAACAAGGACAAGAAGACCUGCACAAACAUGAACAUGUGUAACACAGUGGAGCACGGCUGUGAGUACCAGUGUGUGAGCACGCCAGGCUCUUAUCACUGCAUCUGCCCCGAGGGACAGCUACUACAGGACGACGGCAAGAGCUGCGGCACCUGCAAGUCUGCAAACAUCGACCUGGUGCUUCUGAUCGAUGGCUCCAAGAGUGUCCGCCCUCAAAACUUCGAGCUUGUCAAAAAGUUUGUUAACCAGGUCGUCGACUCUCUGGACGUGUCUGUUCACGGUACCAGAGUCGGUCUGGUUCAGUACUCGAGCCGGGUCAGGACAGAGUUUCCCCUCAACAUGUACCACACAGCUGAUGAGAUCAAAGCUGCAGUCAUGAAGGUUGAAUACAUGGAGAAGGGCACGAUGACCGGCCUGGCCCUGAAGCACAUGCUGGAAAACAGCUUCUCUGAGGCAGAAGGCGCUCGUCCUCUGAGCCGCAACAUUCCACGAAUCGGGUUGGUUUUCACAGAUGGACGCUCCCAGGAUGACAUCACCGAGUACGCCAAGAAGGCCAAAGAAGUCGGCAUCACCAUGUACGCGGUGGGUGUUGGGAAAGCGGUGGAAGAUGAGCUCCGUGAGAUCGCGUCUGAGCCUGUGGAGAAACAUUUCUAUUACACCACUGACUUCACCGCCAUCAGCACCAUUGCUGAGAACCUCAAACUCAAUGUCUGCCCAGAGGAGAGUCAGGGUGAGAUUGAGGUGAAGGACCCCUGUGCGUGUGAAAGUCUGGUGGAGUUCCAGCAGGCCACUAUGAACAGCCUGGAGCAGCUCACACAGAAACUGGCCGGGAUGACCGCCCGUCUGGAACAGCUGGAGAACCAGCUUUUCUCCAGGAAGUGAUCUGUCGACUUCUGAGUGAGCACAAUGGGACAAAGAGGAAGAAGAACAAACUAAAGCUUGAUUUAUAGAACUGCGGUAAAUCUACCCCAUAGCUACAGCGUAGCCUCGCGUCCUAGCACAAAGCCUGAGAACAGGCUAACAGUGUUAGGUCUGUUUGAUAGUAAAAUGCUGUGUAAUGGCAGUAUUUUGAUUCAGAAGAAUAAAGUAUCCUUGGAACAAAAUUUAAUAGGUUGUAAUAAUAUUGAACUUGCUUAAAAUGCAAUAGCUAGUAUUCAGCCAAAGUAAGCACGCUGGUUUUUAGAUUUGCUGUGACAAAUUCAGGUUCAGACUCUAAUCAGUUCUGAAAUCUCCCGUCCUGCAUUUCUGUGGACUGUUGUUCAAUAUUUAUAAGCUUCAAGUCCAACAAAAGAUCUCUGGGGAGAUUGAACGCAGGACAAUAAAUCAAGCUUCGAGAAGAGUUCGGCACAUCCCAGCAAUCCUCCAACUCAGACAGCCCGGCACAGACAAAACAAAAAGUGUCUCCAUUUUACCAAGUAAAUGUGCUCUUAUAAGACAAACAGUCAUAAAACACAUGGAUUUGAUGAUUCAGGUUCCCCAGGACGUCUGUUACCUCUGCCAUUUUCUUUUUGGGGAUAUUUUUGUUUACUAUAGUUUGUAUUAAAAAUGGACGUCUGAAAAGUGAAGCUAAUAGAGAAUUGCCUUAAAUCUACACCUCACUUGAUCUAUGACCUCAGUUAACCUUUACAUGAUGAGUUUAUGGUCAAAAAACAGGAUAAAACAUGACUCGAUUUAGGGCCCGCCUACUUUGUGAUUGCCUAGUCACUCCUCUGUGAGCGUACAGCGUCCACCCGUCGCUCAGUCCAGCGAUGGAGAACACGCUGCACAACAUCUGCACACAGGUGGUUCCAGGCAUGUUGUGAACUAGUUGUAAUCAGUGUACUGUAUGUAGUAAAUAUAAGCACAAAACAUGAUUCAGUGAAAAUCGAUUAGUUUCUCACACACAGUGUUCAUUCAUCGCCAAUCAUCAUUCGCCUGUUCUUAUAGCUUUAUUUAUGCUUUGAUCUCUUAUGUACGUUUUGUUAAAUAUGACGUGUUUAUUACAGUUUGUUUUAUUUUAAUCAGCUGCAGAAUGACAAAAAAGUAAUGAAGUGCUAUUACCACUCUGAAUAUUAAAACCCUUUGGGUCAUUUUCAGUAAAGUCAUUACGUGCUUGCAUGUAGACGGUAGCUUUUUAUCUUAGGCCUAAAUGCUUUUGCGGUGGUUAAAAGUGGUGAAGAGAAAACUGGGUUGUAGUUUUUAAAAAAGGGAAUUUAAGAUGUUUGAAGUAUCACUAUUCAGCGAGGCUGUGGUCUGUGGUCGAUUAGAGCAAAUGUGAGCGCAGUGCAGGAAUAUGUGAUUCCAUUUAAAUAACAGUCAUAAAAUCACUCUGUAAAUGAACCACCUGAAGAUUGUGUUGAAUGUCUGUGUCCUAUAGUAUAUAAAAUACUGCCACAAAUUUAUACCCCUUUGUAUUUGAAUCCUUGUAUUUUUUGUAUAUUUUAUAACAGGUUUACAUUUUUUGUAUUUUUCUAAAGAAUCUCUGUAUUACAGCACAGACGACAAUAAAGGAGUGAACUUUCA